GCCCUCUUGUCACGUUGCUACGUUGUAUAUCGGCCGCGCGUCUUUUUUGCCGCGUCACAACAGUACGACUCGCGUGGUUACGGGCCUUUAACUUUGCGGAAAGAGCUCUAUGUGCCGAGUGUAGGGUCGAGCUGACAGGGCGUCUGUGUCUCGCGAAAAGUUCGUCAGUUUCCGUAUACAGGGUGUAUAGUGUCAGUGUAAAAGUCAACCUGGCGGCCUACCUUGAAGGAGGCCCCGCUUGUGCUUCUGUGGGGGCCCUAACGCUCAGGGCCGGACUGGCCCAUGUACCCUCCGGGGCCAAUACCAAUUAUUUGCAACAUUCUACGCACGACAUAGGUCGUUGCGAACCAGCGGCCGGGAUGUUGAUAGCCUGUGCCGGUUGCGACAAGCCCAUCCUGGACAAAUUCCUCCUCAACGUCUUGGAGCGGCCCUGGCACGCCAGCUGCGUGCGCUGUUUCGACUGCCACGCACCCCUAACCGACAAAUGUUUUUCCAGAGAGUCCAAGCUGUUUUGCCGGAGUGAUUUUUUUAGACGAUACGGUACCAAGUGCGGUGGAUGCGGUCAAGGCAUAUCGCCUAGUGACCUGGUGCGGAAGGGUAGGGACAAAGUGUUUCACAUAAACUGUUUCACGUGUCUGGUGUGUCGAAAACAACCAUCGACAGGCGAGGAACUUUACGUGAUCGACGACAGCAAAUUUCUGUGCAAGGACGAUUAUUUAAACGGCAACAAGACGGCAGUGAUACCAUCGGGACCUCCACACCAUCAGGAUUCGUUGAUGGGAUCCGCGUCAGAAGACGAGGACGACGACGACAACAGCACAGCCUCCUCGAUAUUGAAACAUCACACGUCCAUCCACGGGAAUCUGCCGCCAGCGCCAGGAGAGACCAACAACAAUUCCUUACCGCACUCUGACAUAAGUGGAUCUAUCGGACAGGACUCGAAAACUGGCCAGGAUGAUUCCGAAGACCAGAACUCCCUAGAUGGAGACCCAGAAACCAGGGAUUCCCAAACGGAGAACAAGAGCCCAGACGACAGCGGAGCUGGCUCCAAAAGAAGAGGGCCUAGAACCACGAUAAAGGCCAAACAACUAGAAAUCUUGAAAACGGCCUUCUCCCAGACUCCCAAACCCACCAGACACAUACGGGAGCAGCUGGCCAAGGAAACAGGACUACCCAUGAGGGUCAUACAGGUGUGGUUUCAGAACAAGAGGUCGAAAGAGAGACGACUGAAGCAGCUGACGUCCAUGGGAAGAGGCCCGUUCUUCGGAGGAUCGCGCAAGAUGAGGGGUUUCCCGAUGAACCUCUCCCCGGGCGGUUUAGAAGACGGACCGCCCGGUUUUCCGUAUUUCGACGGAAAAUUCGAAUUCGGCUACGGAGGCCCGCCGUUCCAUCCCCACGACGCACCCUUCUUCCCCGGACAUCAUCCCGGUAACGGGGGACCUGGACAAGGCAUGCCCUUCGGGCAGGGAGGAGGACCGAUGGAUCAUGGUCCCAUGCCCAUGGGCGGCGAUUUCGGGGGGAUACCGGGGGAACAGGGGCAGUUCAUGCAGCAGGGACCGCCCGACCAGAUGAUGCAAGGGAACGGUGGUAGGGGUAGCAGUCCAGAGUUCAUGACUUCCGGUGGAUUCGCCGACAACCAGCAGCAGUUGAACGAGGGUCUUGUUUGGUAGCUGGCGAAAGCUCUAGCCAAGAGGGCUAGAGACUGAGACCGACAAAAUGUACAUAGCAUAGAUGAUUAUUUGUAAAAAAAAACAACCUAAGGCAUCUUGGUGACAGAAAGAGUCACGUCCAAAAGGGUAGAACGGAAAAUAGGCUCGGAUUCGCCCAAUACUUACAGGGUAAUUUUAAAAUGACGAGAUAAAGUGAAGGGUGAAAAUUUACCUUCCUAUACGCCCUGAAAUGAUGAUGAAGUGUUAUAUAUUUUAUUUGUUAAGUUUCCUGGAUCGUUUCACUAGACCCUAAUUGAGUUUCCUCCUAAUUAUAACUAUUACAUGUGCAAUGUUACUUAAGUUAUUCGAUUUUAACCCCAAUCCCUCACGUUCAGAACGGUAGAAGAGUAGAUCCCUAUCCAUGUUGUAAAUACGAUCUCCGUCACAUUCAAAUUUUUAUAAAACGAUGAUUGGUUGUAAAUAAGGAAGAAAUUGGAGUUGUUGUUUUAUAAGAUAUCGAAAUGUUAUAACUGUAAAUUACUGUCCUUCAUACCGAGAGCCACCUAUUGUACAUUUUUUUAAACGAGAAAAGUGCCAAUAACACUGCAGUGAUUCUUUUUGAAAAUCCGUUAUCGUGAAGACUUGCAGCGAUGUAUAGUCCGAGUGGCGGACGAGGGUCGAGGUGCUUUUGCUUCCGAAUAUCCGUAUCGAGUAUUGUUUCGUUUUAGGAAUAACAGGAAUAGGAUGAAGAGAAAAUUAUCUGUACAAAACUUCGCAUGUAAAAAAGGCUACCAACCCUAUCAUUAUAAAUGUAUAUUGUUAAUUAUAGGUGUACUAAAUAUCAAUAAAUGCAAUUCUAUACGA